GCAUGACCAUCAUUUUACACAGUAAUAUGAACAUAAAUAAUGUCUGUAGAACCAUUACACUGCAGGUAUUAAACUGAUAUAAGUAUAGGAGAUUGACUUUUUGCGUAGUCCACUCACUUUAAAAAAGAAUAUGACUUUGAUGGCAGUGUAAAAAUAAGAACAAAUAAACAUGUUAUUUGUGUUCUGUACAGAUCUAAAAUAUGAACAGUUCUGUGUCGGCGCUGCUACAGGUGUCCGUGAGGCGCCGUGCCACCCUGUAUGUGGUGAACCUCCUGAUCCCCAGCUGCUUCCUCAUCACCGUGGACCUCUUCAGCUUCAUGCUGCCUCCUCAGAACGUGGACCGCUCCUUGUUCAAGAUGACCCUCAUCCUGGGCUACACCGUCUUCCUGCUCAUCAUGAACGACCUGCUGCCCGUCACUGGGAACACCAUACCGCUCAUAAAUGUGUUCCUGUGUCUGUGCCUGUCUCUGAUGGUGGCUAGUCUACUGGAGACCAUCCUCAUCACAAACCUGCUGUGCGGCUCCUUUCUCGACUCUCCCGUCCCGCGCUGGGUCCGAGUGGUCGUUCUUUCCAUCCUGGGCCCAAUGGUGCGGCUUCCUCCCAAGCCGGGGGAUCGAGAGGACACAGUCAUCCAAAAUCCUGCCGCACAAGAAGUGAAAGCCUCCUCUGCGGCGGACGCGGACGGUGAGGUUUCACAGCAGAAAGGGCCGCUGGAUGAGGACGAGGCCCGGCAGGAGCUGAGGAGCAUAGGCAGCGACCUUCUGGCCAUCCGUCUUCAGGUCAAGCAACAGCUGGGGAAAAGCCAGAGCUCGGAGGAGUGGAUCCAGGUGGGAUUCAUCAUAGACCGCCUGCUGUUCUGCUUCUACGUCCUCUUCAUUUCAGUCAGCUUCAUCACCAUCAUCACUAUCUGGGUCCAGUCAAACAACAUAUCCUGAUUUUGCUUUGACUUUCUUUUUUGUUUAUUAUAUAUUUUGGGGGAUUGAUCAUGUUUUAUCAAAGUUAUUGUCAAUUACUACCGCUAAGCAUACAAUAAUUGUGUUGUCAAACUCCUGUUGACUUUUACCCU